AUCAUACACAAUUGUCCCCUGGACCAUGUUCGUCACCUCCUAAUGAACAAGUUAUUUAUCAUACAGGUGGUUUCGAUCCCCUGACAUGAGAUAAUCAUGACAGCUUUGAGUAGAGACCACGAUAGACAAGGACUUAAGAGACAUCUCUCUGCCCUAGAAAGCUGGAGAGAGAGAGGGACAGAAAGUGUAGUGGCUUCCAUUUCAACUCUUGCAUCUGGAGUCUCCGAAGUCUGCUGAGCCUUGGCACCUAGAAAAUCUUCGACCUGCAGGAUUGACCCAUUGGUUCAGAACGACUCUCGAGACGGCUCAUCCAUGCAUCUAAUGUUUCCAGGAGCUCCUCGUGACAUGAUGAAACAAUCUGUUCUGCGUCAUCUGGAUUUCAUUUUAAAAUAUCAUGGUGCUAGUCUACUUUAACCUACGGGAGCGGCAUUACUGUAGUGCGUUACAUGUGAGGGGAGCAUGAGAGUGUGAAUGUUGCAUACGAGUAGAUUUGGGUGCUAGACACUUCGCCCGAAAACGUGGACAGUGGUGAAAGUGUCAUGCAAACCAAAUACUGGCUGCUAGAGUGACGUUUGAAAUAGUGUUCAACACUUCAAGAUCGUGUAGUUGAAGGUUUUGCACUAUCGAGACACUAAGUUGAGGUGGCUACAUGAGGUGACGUAAUUGUGGAGUUGUGUUGGAGAAACAGGAGAUUCCAUACUAGUUGAGCGGACAAGUAAGAACGAGCACGACGGUGCGUUUGAGAUGAUGCAGGGUGCACAUUGUUUCUCUCAAGAGGAUUAAUUGCGUUGCCGGGGUAGGUUCAACAAAACUGAGCAAAAUUAUUCUAUGUGGAGGGGGAAAGGAGUCUGAAUUUGGUGGGAGAGGCAGGGGUAUCGUUGUUGGAGAAAUAGGGCAUAUUCGCUACGAACAUGGAAUCGACACCGCAGAGUUACAAGGAGCCAGGUUCAGUGAGGCAUCAUCCCAUGCGCAACUGCCUCCACCUCAUCCUCCGCGUUUUCACGGCGGGUGCCACUGCAGCUGCUGUUGCUGUAAUUCUGCGGUCUACACAAACAGUCCCAACUCCAUUGGGCCCCCACACAGCCCGAUGGAGAGACUUUCCCGCAUUUCAGUGGUUUGUAUUCGCCAACGCCAUCGUCUUCAUUUAUGCGGUCCUUGGAACAAUUGUGGCAUGCGUAACUCAGUGGACUCGUCGAGGUCCUCUCAGCUACACUAAAUCUGCAUGGCUCACUUUCUUCUCCGACUUUCUUUUGUCAUGUGCCCUGAUGUCGGCAUGUUCGACGGCACUGGGAGUGGCGUGGAUUGGAAAGCAUGGCCAAGAAACUGCCUACUGGAACGCGGUGUGCCCAAUGGUAGGCCGCUUCUGUGACCAAGUACAGGGUGCUCUCAUUGCCUGCGUAUGCGCAUUCGUGUGCCUGUCUCUGUGCACUGUCAUGUCUGCGUCGGCACUUCACCAACUCGCACCUCACAAGCCUUGAUGAUAAAGUCUUGAAUGAAGCCCGUUCCCAUGAUCUCUACCCGAGGGGAAUGAUUCCAAAUUGCAGAAAGAUCGUGAAUGGAAUCGUCUUCCUGUGCUUUGAAGUCAUCGAAGUUGCAUGUGGGGCCGAAGGUGAUUGGUGUCAUCGUGAGGCCAGAAUUGUUCGAUCUUGUUGUAAGACUGGAGGUGGUUGGUCUUGUCGUGAUGCCCAGAUGUAUCUUUCUCAAUAGCUAGGGCUGUAUUCGCUAUGUAUAACCGUGUUGCGGAUGUCUGUGGGUCCUACAACUCGAACGGUGAAAGAAUCGGGCUCGGGGGCUCGGUUAGCCACCGAAUUUGCAAGUGUAUUUGGAUUUCCUCUAUCGGUAUCGAAGAAGGGACUAAAAAAUCUCGAAAUUGUAACUGUC